UGUUGAAAGACCACUGCCACAGCGUUGGGUACUGCCGAAGAGGCAGUCGGACACAUGAGUAUUUGGAAGAUCCUUUAUCUGGAGAUAGUUAUUCAUUGCGAAAUACAUGAAUACACCUGGACAAACAAUAAAGCGCCAUAGAAUAUGGGGCUUUAUUUACUAGCACAUAUCCCGAAAGGCCUGUGAGUGUCUGUAAGUCACCCACCCGUCUUUUCGGAGGAUUCCUCUCCCCUGUCAAACGUUACUGUACUGAUCCGCACCACUGCCAGGCAAUGACAGCGGCUACGGCAACUCCGCAGCAGAUGAGAGACCGGCUGAUGCAGGCCAUCGAUGGCCAAAGCAAUCAGAUCUGCAACAUGGUGGCUGUAAUGGAGGUCAUUUCCUAUUUGGAGAAAUAUCCCAUCACCAAGGAAGCACUUGAGGAAACCCGCCUUGGCAAGCUGAUCAAUGACGUAAGGAAAAAGACAAAGGAUGAGGAUCUCGCCAAGCGUGCAAAGAAGCUCCUGCGCACCUGGCAGAAGCUAAUUGAGCCUGGGCAGAGUGAGUCACUAUCCAAGGCGUAUAUGGGUCCGCCAGGCGCUGCCAACGGUGGUAUGCAUCCAUGCCGGACGGACGUCUCCCCUCCAGCUACCAUCCCACCUUCAGGUAAAAUGGUUCCGGAGCUCAAGAGUAGAAAUGACUUCAACAACCGUUACUCCCCCAAAGCGGAAAAGUCGGGCAACCGAAAACGCAAGGUGGAGCAGAGGGACAGACAUCACAUACCAGUGAAAAUCUCCAAAACAACCGCCUAUGAAAGAACACAAAACUCACAACUGCCAACAAAUGGAAUUGGGCCAAGCCCUGAGGCUUUUACGGACACAUUUGACCCUCAUGCACAUCUGAAAUCAGACAAGGAUGGUGCUGAGCAUCUUGACAUUGACAGGCUCAACAAAAUCCCUGUCAACGCCGUCAAACCUCACCCUAGCUCACCGGGACUCGCCAAACCUCCUAGCACUUCCGCAUUGCUCAAAACUGCUGUUUUGCAACAGCAGGGCAAAAUGGACCUGGCUGUCUCAGGAGGGGGGCCGCAUCAGCCCAAAAGCCCCCGCAGCAACUCGUAUAGUCCCAGAAGUACGAAACAGGACACAGUAGUUAAACUGUCUACGCCCAAAUCAACGACUCUACUGAGCCCUGCUCAGAGCCCCAGGGUUAUGGACAGCUCUAGACUGGUGCCCUCUCCUUUGCGUUCUCCACAGCUUUUAACAUCAUGUAUCCAGGGUUCCCUCACUGUUGGGCCUCUGCCUACAGAGUCCGCCCUUCAUUGGGACGGACCAUCAGACUUGGACCAACGUCUUCAGCAAAGUACCAGGAGACCCGACUCGCUGCACAACUCCAAAGCCUCGUCCCACAGCGAGGAGGUGAAGGCAGAGGGCGAUGGUGCUGUCUCUAGCACAGAGAGAAAGAGAAAGAAAUACAGGUCCAGAGACUAUACAGUGAACUUGGGUGGGCAGCCCACGGAAGAGACCACAAAGCCAUGUAGGUUAAAAGACCGUAGACUUACGUUUGACCCUGUAACAGGGCAGAUCAAACCCUCGACCCACAAAGAGUUUUACCCGGAACAGGAGGCUACAGUGGCUCCGGUCACACCAGAACUUCCUCGGACAGAACUGCUCAAGCAGAACCAAUGUGCACAGAAUACCCCUGUUACUCCAAGUCCCUUUCAACAGACCAACUGGAAAGAGCUGUCGAGGAAUGAAAUCAUCCAGUCCUACCUUAACCGUCAAAGCAAUGUGCUCACAUCGUCUGGGGCUCAAACCUCGGGGGCAAACUUUAUGUCUGAGUACUUGAAACAUGAGGAACAUCAUAUCAAAGAGGGCAGAAAAAAACACAUGCUGGUACCAAAUAUCCCUGAGACGGACUUACCAGGGGUGAGCCGAGAGGUCACAAACGAGGAUCUCAACAGAAUACACAAGGAGCACUGGCCUGGGGUGAACGGUUGCUAUGACACAAAGGACAACUGGUAUGAUUGGACGGAGUGCAUUUCCUUAGACUCACAUGGGGAUGAGAGCAAGCUGAACAUCCUGCCAUAUGUCUGCCUGGACUGAGUUUAAUGAGCUGUGGCUUCAAGAGGGAAAAAUAGCACCUUCCUUGGCUGAGUGCAAAAAAGACAAUUAUCAAUGGGAGAACCUGCUCACUCCUUUGCAGAGGUGGUGUAAGAGAGGCCCUGAUUAUUGUGCUGCUCCCAUUAAAAGCAAUCGCUGAUCAGUGUUGGAUGGGAGACAGAUCAGCUGUAGCAUCACUGAAGUUCUUUGAGUGGAAUGGGUCCAUGCAUUGUCUGCCAAAUGCUAAGAGUUUAAGGUGCCCAGUAACUUCAAGUAUGGAACCUGUUUGGCAGGUACAAGCUGGCAAAGAGAAUGAAACGUGUGGUUAUAUCAAGUAUGCAUUUAUUUAUCUCUACUUAUUCUCUUCUUUAUUUUGUUAGUUACAUAAAUGUGCAACAAACAAAAAAAUCAUCCACAUCACUUAUUCAAUCAGUUCUGCUUGUCAGAUAAGGUAAAACAGAGUUUUGCAUAUUUUCUCCAAAAAAUAGUUUACAGUAGCAACAUUCCAUAACACCAUAAAACUAGAAUGGUUAUUGCACCAACACUAACAUCUUAAUAUACAGGGAAAAAAUGACACAUUAUGGAAAUGUGCGAGUUAAUAGCAUUUUCUUUAUCUUUGCCUUUAUUCCUGUUUCUAGGUAGUAAAAUACACUACCGGUCAAAAGUUUUAGAACACCUACUCAUUCAAGGGUUUUUCUUUAUUUUGACUAUUUU